UUGUCGCGUUGGGGGCGGUCAAGCAGUGGCUGGGCUUCGUGUGACAGUUGCGUGACCCGUCCCCUCGGCCGCGCUUUUAUCUCUGCCGAGCCUCUUUGUGACGAACCCCCUGGGCUUGCGGGCCCGGACGUGGUAACUCUCCGCUGAGGAUGGCGGGCCUGCCUCCAUGACGGCUUCCCGAAAGCCCGGGAGCAUCUUCCCGCUCGCCCAGGCGGGAGUGUACCCGGCGCAUCCGCCUCGGCCGCGGGCCAGGGGUUUGCCACCUCUCUGGUGACACGGGAGUUCCUUUCCGCCCAAACUCCUCUGCCAAUUUCGGAGGGCUUGCACCUUGCUCUUUGGAAGUGAGUCUUCACGCUUGACGUUUCCCGCUUUUGAAGGAAGCAUGCUCAGUCCCGUCGCACCAGAGCAAGCCCUUCUCGUUGUUAGAUUUUCGGUUUUUGUUUUGUGGAAAGUCAUUUUGAAGAUGUCUGAGAAUAAAUGACGCUUGAGGAGCUUUUAAAGUAAAAUGAGAAUGUGAGAUGAUAGCCUGGAGUUUUCUCUGAGUUGUGGGUGAGGAUCUUCCUGAGCCCCAGGUUAACCAUCUCUACCGACCCGCCUCUCUCUGAAAGACAGGAAAGGUUGGAAUAGAAACUCUCUUGUGUAGGAAAGAUCCAAGUGCAGUAGUCGUAUUGCAUAUGGAGGGAUUAGGCAAUAGGAGGCUGGCUUUGUUUUAAGACCAGAAUUAGUGGAAGGACCAGUAAAAGAACUAACGUCUCGUCUAGUCGUUUUGCAUACGUUUAAGGAUAACUUUUAUUGUGAGAUCUUGAGCUAUGUAGCUUCAGUUCUUUUCUCUCGUUUGCUAUUUUUACAUCUUGUUAAUUUCCUAAUCAUUACCAACAGUAAAAUUCCUGGUUAAACCUUAGAAAGAAUACCUGCUUACUGCAGGGACGAGAGGAUAGCAGUGAAAUUACGAGCCUAGGGGAAAAGGCACAGUGGCCAGAAGUAACUCUGGUAGCGAUAGUGGCCAAUUUAACUGGGAUCUUUAGCAAAAAACGGAAUGAUGGGAAGUGCCUCUGAGAAAUAUCUAAGGUAUCUUUCAGUCCCCUAGAUUGACACUUAUAGAUGCUGAAUCUAUGUAAAUAAGUUACAAAUUUUGUCCAUUGUGAAAUCAAGGGAUAAUAAUUGAAAGCCAUUCAGGUGAAUAAAACCUUGAGAUAAAGCUUUUGAAAAUACUGUAUUAACAUGUUAAUUAAAACAUAAUCCCAAGGUUGUCAUUCAAAAGACAAAAAAGAAAAUCCACAGCACAUCUUUUCCUCUUUAUUGAGUUACUAAAUUAUACCUUUAGAAUGAUGAAUACUGAAGCAAUUAAGUUUUGUUUUGCCUUCCGAUUACCUAAUAUAGUUAGACUUCCUAUUUCUGGAUCUUUUAAGCUCUAAGUUUUAAAAUGUCAUUAGUCUUAAUAAAUGGUUGUGAAUUGUUGAGAUAUCCACUUCAUAAUGCAGUUUAGAAUCGUGGGAGCAUAGUAUAUGUUUAUUUUUAAAUUGGACUUUCUGUUGUGUGCAUUUCUAAGUUGUGUGUGGUUGUAACCACCAACACGUAGCUCACUAAGGUGCCCACUUACUCAGUAGGAAAUUGUUUCAUUGUAUUUAAUAUUAAUAUGAGAGAAAAUUUCCUUUUUAAAAAAGAUUUUUGCCACGUUGUUCCUCUAUACUUAUAAGAUUAUUAAAAAAUUUUUUUUAAGUACAGAAGGAUUUUUGUAUACUGAUUAGAAUACCACAUUAGAGGUUGGGAUUCUCUUCAUUUCUGUUGAAGGGAAGAAAUUGCAGUACAAGAAUAAAAUAACGUGAGCUUGCUUUCUGUUCUCUGGUGAGAGGGAUACCUUCUGAGAUUUCUCUCUUACUUAGAGCUUCCCCCAACCCUCUUAUGAAUGUUCUGUAUUUUCUCUUUUAGUAAUUUUUUUUUUUUACUUUUAGAACUUGAACCCACCUGGGAUUUAUUUUUGUAUAUGGAAUGAGAUAAUAAAAAAAGCCAUUUUAGCUUGGCUUACAUCAUGGAAAGCACAAAGGAGAAGAAUGACAAUUACAAAGAUGAUCUUCUGCUUAGGAUGGGACUUAAUGAUAAUAAAGCAGGAAUGGAAGGAUUGGAUAAAGACAAAAUUAACAAAAUUAUCAUGGAAGCCACAAAGGGGUCCAGAUUUUAUGGAAAUGAACUCAAGAAAGAAAAGCAAGUCAACCAAAGGAUUGAAAAUAUGAUGCAACAAAAAGCUCAGAUUACCAGCCAGCAGCUAAGGAAAGCACAAUUACAGGUUGACAAAUUUGCAAUGGAAUUAGAACAGAGCCGGGAUCUGAACAAUACCAUAGUACACAUUGACAUGGAUGCUUUCUAUGCAGCUGUAGAAAUGAGAGACAAUCCAGAAUUGAAGGAUAAACCCAUUGCUGUAGGAACAAGGAGUAUGUUGUCUACUUCAAAUUACCAUGCAAGAAGGUUUGGUGUUCGUGCGGCCAUGCCAGGAUUUAUUGCUAAAAGACUCUGCCCACAACUUAUUAUAGUGCCCCCAAACUUUGAUAAAUACCGAGCUGUGAGUCAAGAGGUCAAGGAAAUACUUGCUGAUUAUGAUCCCAAUUUUAUGGCCAUGAGUCUUGACGAAGCCUACUUGAAUAUAACAAAGCACUUACAAGAAAGAGAAAAUUGGCCUGAGGACAAAAGAAAGUAUUUCAUCAAAACAGGGAGCUCUCUAGAAAAUGAUAAACCAGGAAAGGAAGUUAAUAAACUGAGUGAGCAUGAAGGAUCCAUCUCUCCACUACUUUUUGAAGAUAGUCCUCCUGAUUUGCAGCUCCCAAGAAAUCCUUUCCAAGUGAACUUUGAAGAACAAAAUAAUCCUCAAAUACUCCAAAGCUCCGUUGUUUUUGGAACAUCAGCGGAGGAAGUGGUAAAGGAAAUUCGUUUCAGAAUUGAGCAAAAAACAACAUUGACAGCCAGUGCAGGCAUUGCCCCAAAUACAAUGUUAGCCAAAGUAUGCAGUGAUAAGAAUAAACCAAAUGGACAAUACCAAAUUCUCCCCAACAGACAAGCUGUGAUGGACUUCAUCAAGGACUUACCCAUUAGAAAGGUUUCUGGAAUAGGAAAAGUUACAGAGAAAAUGUUAAAGGCUCUUGGAAUUAUUACAUGUACAGAACUCUACCAACAGAGAGCAUUACUUUCUCUCCUUUUCUCUGAGACAUCUUGGCAUCAUUUCCUUCACAUUUCCCUGGGUCUAGGUUCAACACACCUGGCAAGAGAUGGAGAGAGGAAAAGCAUGAGUGUUGAGAGGACAUUCAGUGAGAUAAGUAAAGCAGAAGAACAGUACAGCUUGUGCCAAGAACUUUGCAGUGAACUUGCUCAAGAUCUGCAGAAAGAAGGACUUAAGGGUAGAACUGUUACCAUUAAGCUGAAGAAUGUGAAUUUUGAAGUAAAAACUCGUGCAUCUACAGUUUCAUCAGUUAUUUCUACUGCAGAAGAAAUAUUUGCUAUUGCUAAAGAAUUGCUAAGAACAGAAAUUGAUGCUGAUUUGCCACAUCCCUUGAGAUUAAGGCUUAUGGGUGUGCGGGUGUCUAGUUUUCCCAGUGAAGAAGGCAGGAAGCAGCAACAAAGGAGCAUUAUUGGCUUCUUACGGGCCGGAAGCCAAAGCCUGUCAGCCGCUCGGUGUGCACUAGAGAGGGCUGGCAAAGGCCAGUGCCCAAACCCUCUGGAAGUGUCUCAGAAGAAGAGUUUCUUUGAUAAAAAACGAUCGGAAAGGAGAUGGAACCACCAAGACACAUUUAAAUGUGAAACUGUGGAUAAACAAAGUUUACAGGCAUCCCAGUCAUUCCAAGUCUUAAAGAAGAAGAUGAGUGAGAAUUUAGAAACGUCCGAGAAUUCAGAUAACUGUCAGAUGUCUGCCUGUCCUGUUUGCUUUAGGGAGCAAGGAAUCAUCAGCCUGGAAGCCUUUAAUAAGCAUGUAGAUGCAUGUCUUGAUGGGCCUUCGAUCAGUGAAAACUCUAAAAUGUCCUCAUGUUCACGUGCUCCCUCUACAGAAGUUAACAAGAAAGAAAAUGUACAGCCUUCUUUUUUGCUCUGUGAGAAGCAGGAUUAUGAAACCCAUCAGAAUAUGGAAAUCACUUCAGUAGAUUGUGUAGAGUUGGUAGAGACUGUAGGUAACCCAUCUAAAGCAGAAGGUGUAGAUGCUCUAAGUGAUAAGCACAGCAAAGAGGAGUGUUGUAGUCUUCCAAGCAGACCAUUUAAUGUUGAACGCUGUCAUCAGGAUUCUUGUACUGGUUCCUUGGAAAAUGAAGACGUUGAGUCCCUAAGAAGGCAAGAAGCCCUCCAACCUUAUUUACGUGAAGUGGAAGCAGACCAAGCUCUAGUCUGUCCUGUCUGUAACCUGGAACAAAAGACUUGGGAUCUCACCCUGUUCAAUGUGCAUGUGGAUGUUUGCUUAAACAGAGGCGUUAUCCAGGAACUGAGAAGGGAUCAAGUUAAUCCCGUUAACCAACCCAAAGAAAGCACCAGAAGUGCUGGUACCUCAGGCAGAGUACAGAAAACUUUAACAAAAACAAAAAGGCCAGGAUUGAUGACAAAGCACUCAGCAUCAAAGAAAAUAAAACCAAGCAAUCCGAGACACACCCUUGAUACAUUUUUUAAAUGAAUGUUGAACAUUUUAUCAUUAAUUUUUAAUUGAAACUUAUAAUCAAUGAAUCUAUUCUUCCUCAUUUUAAGUUGACAGAUUCAUUUAGUGAAAGACAAGUGCAAUAAUCCUUCCCCAAAUGACAUUACCUUUAUAUGAAUUUGGAAUAUAUACUAAUUUACUUUUGUAUAUCUUUUUGAUAACCAUGAGAAUUUUAUUUCCAUUAUACAUCGAUUGGAAGUCAGUCCUGUUAAAGAUCGUUUUUAAACAAGAAAUUAGGAAUGAGAUCAGAACGUGAUUUCCUUCUUUAUUAUGUGAAUAUAAAAACAUAUAUUUAUAAGGGCUCAGAGGUUUAUACAAACCUAUUUUAGCAUGCGAAUUUUUCCGCGUUUAACCGCUGCAUUGGCGCUGGACUGGUAUAUUUGAUCUUAGUACCUUGUACAACUCUGUGUAUUCCUGUUUUAGCUCCUAGUAUCUUCAGAUACCUCAUGAGCAUUCAUAAUUCAUAUUUAUCAUAAGUUCUAUGAAGAAUAUUAGCAUAGCAAAGCUAGCAGUGGUUUUGUUAAGUUCAGGAAAAUAAUAUCUCAGUAUUAUUUUCUGUGUUAAAAGAAUUUUGCUUAAAAUAUGAUUAUUCAUUUGAUUUUUUAAUUUAAAAUUUCUUUAUCUUAUGAAUAAGCACUUGGUUCACUAAAAAAUAUUUAGUCUAAGAUUCAAAGUAAUUAUUUUGUUAUCUAGGUUUUUAAAUGGCAAUAUUUCAUUUCUUGGCAGUUAUGUUUAUACUUUACACAAACCUACAAAAAGGAUAAAUUGUACAUUCACUUUAUUUUUAUUAUAAUCUUCUAGAGAAAAUGUGCAAUUCAAAAGAUUAAUGUGUGUUAAAACAUCUCAUAUAUCUUAGAUAUAUUUCUAUCAUAUUUUUAUUAGUAUUCAUGAAGGAAGACAGCUUCACAGUAGUUAGCUUAAGUAGUUGCUGCAAAUACUUUUGUGCUAUCAAUAAGAGCUUUUAUCAAAAAACAAUUAUUUAGGGGCCGGCCCGGUGGCGUAGUGGUUAAGUUUGUGGGCUACGCUUUGGCAGCUCGGGGUUCACAGGUUUGAAUCCCAGCACAGACCUGCGCACCCCUCACCAAGCCAUGUGUGGCAGCAUCCCACAUAUAAAAUAGAGGAAGAUGGGCACAGAUGUUAGCUCAGGGCUAAUCUUCCUCAGCAAAAAAAAAAAAAAAAAAAAAAAAGGUGAAAAAACAAUUAUUUAAUUGAAACAUGAAGAUGGAAGCCAUUUUCUGUUACUCCUGUAAGGAACUGAAUCUUUUGUUCUUUUAUAUUUUUGUUUUCUCUUUUCCUGCAUUUGAUAUUUUAGAGCUCAUUAUCUAAAUUUAUAAGAAAAUAAUAUUUUAGGAAUACUUUAGGAUCUCACACAAUCUUUGGUGAAAGCAGUCACUUGACUUUAAAUUACUUGUUUAAAAUUAGGCUUAAUGAGGGGCCAGCCCCGUGGCUUAGCGGUUAAGUGCACGCACUGCGCUACUGGUGGCCUGGGUUCGGAUCCCGGGCGCGCACCAACGCACCGCUUCUCCGGCCAUGAUGAGGCGGCGUCCCACAUAUAGCAACUAGAAAGAUGUGCAACUAUGACAUACAACUGUCUACUGGGGCUUUGGGGAGAAAAAAGGAGGAGGAUUGGCAACAGAUGUCAGCUCAGAGCCGGUCUUCCUCAGCAAAAAGAGGAGGAUUGGCAUGGAUGUUAGCUCAGGGCUGAUCUUCCUCACAAAAAAAAUAAGUAAAUAAAAUAAAAUAAAAUUAGGCUUAAUGUUUAUUAGCAUGCCAAGCUUAUGUCUAAUGUUAUAUGCGAUGGCAAAUACAAAGGUGUUGAGCUGUGGUUCUUGACUGUGUGAUGUACUUAUGUAAAUUCUGUGCAAAAUUAAGUUCAGUGGAACACUGACUUAAUGUAUCGAAAAGUAGAAAGCACCAUAUUAGUUGUUUUCUAUCUUGCCUCAAGUUUAUUUGUAUGUGUUUUCAACAUUAGAGUAAAUAUUAAGUUAUUUUCAUUUAGAUCCAUUUAACUGAAUCUUAUCAUUUAGUAAUAUUUAAUAAUAAUUUAAAGUAAAAUUGAAAA